AUGGGCGGGUCCUCGUUCCGCCUUCACGUCGGGGGCCCAAGCGGCCCGGGAAUGUCUGCGACCGCCGGAUUCGACGUGGACGAGAAGACGUACUUCAAGAACAUCCUCAACAGCAUCAAGUUCAACAUCAAGCUGUCCGUCAAGAAGAUCCGGGAAGAGGUGGACAAGACGGCUUGGCUCCUCCCCCCUCAGGCCCUCAACGCCUACUACCUCCCUAACAAGAACCAAAUGGUGUUUCCUGCCGGCAUCCUUCAGCCCACUCUCUACAACCCCGAGUUCCCACAGUCUCUGAACUACGGAGGAAUCGGGGCGAUCAUCGGCCACGAGCUGACGCACGGAUAUGACGACUGGGGGGGCCAGUACGACCGCCACGGCAACCUCAAGCAGUGGUGGACGGAGGACUCAUACAGAAAGUUCCAGAAGAAGGCCGAGUGCAUCGUCAAGCUCUACGAUAACUUCACCGUUUACAACCAGAGGGUCGGUCUGCUCACGCACAGACACACACACAUACAUGCAUAAUCAUUACGUAGACUUGCUGACACAU